AUGAUUUGCUUGCUAACAUGGACGUCUUUUCUUUGGACUCUGAAUUCCAUUCCUUGCACAUUUGGGAUGGCAGUGAAUGAGCAAACAGAUGGCACAUGUCCCUUUUUGAGUGUUCAGGAUCACAGGUUUUCAGAUGUUUUAGAUCGACCAUUGCAAAUUACAGGAUUUGAUUUGACAGAGAAGUUUCUUCAGAGAAAAGGCACCGUGUGGGAAAACCUGCCGUCAUUUCGUUUGGGGAGCAGUCCAUUGAUUAAACCAACAAAAUCCAUAUUUCCGAAUGGGUUGCCAAGUGAAUACUCAUUGGUCACUACCUUCAGAGUGCGAAGAACGACAAAGAAAGACCGCUGGUAUCUUUGGCAGAUAUUUAACCAAUCAGGAAUCUCUCAGGUUUCUGUGGUGGUCGAUGGCGCCAAGAAGGUUGUGGAGUUUUCUUACCAAAGUGCUCUCAAGAACACUCUCCGCUACACAUUCAAAAGUAGAGACUUGCACAACCUGUUCGAUCGCCAGUGGCACAAGCUGGGCAUCUCCGUGCAGAGUAACAUUGUGUCUAUGUACAUGGACUGCAAACUGGUGGAGAGAAAACUGACAGAUGAGAAGGAGAGCAUAGAAACCAGUGGAAGAACCCUCAUUACUACAAGAGUGGAGGAUGGUCGGCCUAUAGAUAUUGAACUGAAACAACUCAUAAUCUACUGUGACCCUUAUAUGGCUGAAAUGGAAAACUGCUGUGAACUGCUUGAACCCAAGUGUGAAGCCUGGGAGACACUUAAUGGGACUUCCCCUCCCCUGGUUACCGCGCAGCUCCCGCAGAUGCUGUCUCAGCCUCCAUCGCAGCCCACUGACAGAUGCCACUGUCCAUCUGAAAAGGGGGAAGUUGGAGCAGAAGGGCAAAAGGGAAUCGAUGGGGAGAAGGCUGACGACGAAUGUGUCAAAGGUGCUCAGGGCCAGCCAGGGGACAAGGGAGACAAGGGAAUGGCUGUGGUCCCGGGUCACCCAGGCAAAGAGGGCAAAAGGGGACGCAGAGGAAAGACAAGGGAGCCCGGGCCCAAAGGCAUGCCUGGGGAAAAGGGCGACUCCGGGGUCCCAGGGGAGAAGGGAGAGCGAGGAGAGGCGGGUCAGCCCGGUGCAGACGGAGCCGCCGGGAUGAAAGGACAAAAAGGAGAUGUGGGUCCACCCGGUCCUCCUGGUCCUGUGAUGACAGCGCAUGGAUUAAGAUUGCUCUCUGGCACAGACGACAUGAAGGAGCCGACCCUGAAAGGAGAAAAGGGUGAUCAGGGAGAGGUGGGAGCCCAAGGACCUCCAGGCUUCAAGGGCCUGCCCGGACCCACUGGACUGCCUGGACUCCCUGGUGAGCCAGGCUCGCCAGGGGAGGCCGGGGCGCCAGGGAGAGACGGCCUGAAAGGAGAGAAGGGAGAUUGUGGUGAAAUAGUGGGGCCACCAGGGCCAAAGGGAGAGCCUGGCGAGCCUGGAGGUGGUUAUAUGGCUGAUGGUUUGCCCCUGACUAGAGGCUCACGUGGUCCAAAGGGCGAAAGAGGGGUCCCGGGACUGCCAGGAGACCACGGAGAGAAAGGCGAACCUGGAGAAGGAGUUCAAGGCCCACCGGGCCCUGUGGGACCCCCAGGAAAGCCAGGAAUACAGGGAUCCCGUGGUCCCCCAGGUCCAUUUGGCCCACCUGGAGCUCCUGGACGAGAGGGCUCCCCUGGUAGACCAGGCCCACCAGGCCCUGCUGGACCCCCGGGUGAACCAACUGCUUUGCCUAUUGUUGGUGACAUGGGCUCUCUACUAAAGAAUGCCUGCAGUGCCUGUGCCAAGAUCCCAGGGCUGCCUGGGCAGAAGGGAGAGAAGGGCUCCAGAGGCGAACCAGGGGUGGAAGGCAUGGUGGGAGAAAAGGGGGAUCCAGGUGUCAGGGGUCCCAUGGGUAACCCUGGUAAAGAAGGUCCAAAGGGAGUGAAAGGCGAAAGAGGGUUCCCAGGCCCCACUGGAGAUAAAGGCGAUGAGGGCCCAGCUGGAGUCCCAGGCCUCCCUGGAGCAGCCGGUCGAACUGGAGCCCCGGGGAUUAUGGGUAGACCUGGUCCAGCCGGACCACAAGGAGGAAAAGGAGAAAAGGGAAAUGAAGGUUCUCCAGGAAAGCCAGGCCCCCCCGGACCUCCUGUGAUUCUGUUCCAGGGCAAUGGGAUGGGCAGUCUCUAUAAGCUGCAGAGCACUGGAGCUAUUUUAGGACCCCCCGGAGCUCCUGGUGCACCGGGUCCCAAAGGAGAUGAUGGGGUUGUGGGUGAGCCAGGGCCUAUGGGAUUACCAGGGCUUGAUGGGCUUCCUGGUGCCAAGGGAGACAUUGGUUUACCUGGACCUCCUGGAAUGCCUGGUCCAGCAGGGAAGCCCGGUGCGCGUGGAGAGCCAGGGAUCCCAGGAGAGCCGGGUGAGCGGGGACCCAUUGGAGAAACUGGAUUCCCAGGACCUGAGGGACCCCAAGGUCCUCCUGGCCGUGCUGGAAGAGAUGGGACUCCUGGAUACAAGGGAGAGACGGGGAGACCUGGAGACAGAGGCUCCAAAGGAGAACGUGGCGACCCAGGCAUUCCUGGAGAGCGAGGUGUCCAAGGAGAGCGAGGACGCACCGGUGACUCUGGUCCAUCUGGACCAAUGGGACCCCAAGGCCAAAAGGGAGACCCAGGUCCUCCGGGAUGGCUGGGAAGUUCACAUCUUCUGGGUGAUCCUGGAUUUUUGGAGGAACUGAAAACAAUCAUUCGGAAUGAAGUUUUAAGGGCUAUGGAAGACAAAGUGUCACACGCUUCCAUGAUGCAGAAGACUCCAGCAGGGAUUUUAGCUGCUCACUUCCAAGGACCUCCAGGACCACCGGGCAGAGACGGGUUACCGGGCCUACCUGGAGAGCCUGGUUCUCCUGGUCCUCAAGGAUACAGGGGCCAGAAAGGAGAGCGAGGUCAGAUGGGGUUGACGCUGCCAGGAGAUCCGGGGCCUAUGGGACCACCAGGACCCCCUGGGAUCAACACUCACGGGCCCCCGGGACCUCCAGGGCCCCGUGGAGCUCCUGGAACAUGUGACCCCAGUGACUGCCUUCUUCCUUCCCUAUGA